GUUUAGAAAUGACGCAUGCGUUAUACACUACCAGGCUGUAACAUUAUUGUUCCUAGCACCGCGUCGGUCUGUCCAGAGGGCGUCAGGUUACAGCAAGGAGGGAGCUCGCAUCGCCGCACCGACGAACAGAGGCACAAUAUGGGGGAGUAAUGGCGGCGUCGGAUUGCUACAUAGUGCAUGAGAUCUACAAUGGGGAGAAUGCACAGGACCAGUUUGAGUACGAGCUUGAGCAAGCACUGGAGGCCCAGUAUAAAUACAUUGUUAUUGAGCCCACACGGAUCGGAGAUGAGACAGCCCGUUGGAUUACGGUGGGAAACUGUCUGCACAAGACGGCAGUGUUAUCAGGCGCUGCAUGCCUCCUGACACCGCUUUCACUGCCUGUUGAAUACUCGCGGUAUGUGGCGUUGCCUGCCGGCGCCCUCAGCGUGGCGUGUGCUGCCCUCUACGGGAUAUCGUGGCAGUUUGAUCCUUGCUGCAAAUACCAGGUGGAAUACGACAGCCAAAAACUUUCGCGGCUGCCCCUGCACACUUUGACCUCCUCUACUCCAGUGGUGUUGGUACGCAGGGAUGACGUCCACAGAAAGAGACUCCAUAAUACGAUAGCACUGGCUGCCCUGGCAUAUUGUGCCAAGAAGAUCUAUGAACUCUAUGCAGUAUGAGUGCACUGAAGAAGAUUUACGAACCAACAAAAAAAGGAGAAAAACUAAUUAGAUAAAUAAACCAGAAGCAACCCCACCCCCCCCUUCACUGUAAGAAAAAUGGAAGUGAUGACGGGAGCAGAGGUUUGCUCCUCUGGAAUUGGUUUUUCCAACAUUGAUCAGAGGGAUAUAGUUAAACUAGAAGGAACUAUUAUUUUCCUGCCUUAUAUUUCUUUACUUCCGUGUUAACAGCAGCACACUUCUCUCCAUAGUGCUCUUUCUUUGCUCUCCACCGGUAUCCCUGACACACACUGAACUCUUGCAGAAGGAUAUAGCAGCAUUUCCUCUCAUAUGAAGUUGAAAUGGGACUGACAUGUUUUUUUGUGUGUGUGUCACACUUCCACCCCUUUUCCUUGUAGUUUUACUGUACCCCUUUCUUGCUGAUCACUACAUGACAGUUUCAUUAAACAUUAGGAUAUUUCAAACUCA